GGCGGGUACUUGAAGAAUGCAGCAUCGAAUCGCCAUUUUAUGUGUUUGGCUCCGAUACUGACGGUGGUUGUGUGGUGCUGGCGGCGGAGUGUCAAAAAAAGAACCUGAGCCCGUGCCUCGUUCUAAGUUUUUUUUUUUUAAUUUUCGAAAAUGCUGCCGAAAUACUUAACGCCCGACAUGUACAAGUAAGCCAGCACGUCGGGUGUGUGAUCUCUCAAAUGUGCAAGUGUAACGCGAGUUUUCUCCACUCACAUCGAAAAAAUGGUGUAGUGAAAAUUUUUAGUGUUCUUGUGAUAGAGUUUCAAGUGUAUUUUUUUUCUCGUUCACUGUGAUUCUUUUAAUAAUCACACAAAAACGAGAAAAAAAUCAUCAUCAUUAUCAUCGUUACUACAACAACAACAACAUCAACCCAUCACCCAAUUUUAUUUUCCAAAUCUCGUCUGUCAAAUAAACGAGAAAAGAAGUGGUGUUGUUGUUAUUGGUUUGUUUUUUUACACCACUUUCUCCUGACAUAAUCGGAGAAAAUUGUCCUCGCCCCUUUUAUUUGAGUGAGAAAAAUAAAAAGCACCUGCCAGCACGGCCUUUGGAUUCGCCUCCUCAUCACCACCACCACCCCCGCGUCUACAAUGAGUUCGCGAAAUAUCCCUUCAGAUAAGCUAAAUCUACGCCUCAUUCUUGUCAGUGGGAAAACAAAAGAGUUCCUAUUUAGUCCGAGUGACUCUGCAGGGGACAUAGCGCAACAUGUGUUUGAAAACUGGCCUGAAGAUUGGGCGGAAGAGGCGGUUGCCAAAGCAGAAAUUUUGCGGCUAAUAUACCAGGGACGUUUUUUGCACAGUAAUGUCACGCUUGGUGCACUUGGGCUUCCUUUUGGAAAAACAUCAGUGAUGCAUCUUGUACCACGAGAAAAUUUACCCGAACCUAAUUCUCAAGAUCAGAGACAAAAAAGUAAAGGUGGAGGAAGUAGUUGCUGCUCAGCUUCCUGUUGCAUACUUUAAACCUUUUUGGCUGCCCUGUUUAUUUUUUUUUCUUCUUUUUUUCACUUGUCUCUCUCUCUCUCUUUUUCACACUCUCUCUUUCAUUUGUCCGAGGCGUUUCUCUGCGAACCGGCUCCUGCACAACAGAGGAUCUGAGCCAAUCACAUUUAUCGAAAAAAAAAAAAAAAAAAAAAUGAUUUUCUGCUGGAAAAGAGAAAUUGCAAGUGGCUUUAAGCACCGCGAACAAGGACGUUUUAAUUAAACGAAAAAAAAAAUUGUCAACCGAAUGAGAUCCCACAGUCCAAAGAUCAAAAAAGUGGGACCCUAAAUUUUUGAGAAUCAAAAAACGAAAAAAAAAAAGAAUAACACGAAAACUCGCCGCAACACCAUUUUGAAAUCGUGAAAAGAAAAUUAAAUAAAAAAAAUAAUAAAAAAAAA